AUGUCAACCGUGGAGAGAGCCUUUGCUGUGGUCGAGCUGUUCGAAAAUAUCGCCAUCCAAGUUCACGCCCGCGACGUCCCCGCCUGCCGCACCGUUUGCAAGCAGUGGCGGGCUAACAUUGACGGCUCGCGGCCUGCUCAGGGCAAGCUUUCCAUGUUUCCGGCUCAAGACGACUAUAUGGCUUCCAUCAGUGAUACCUCGCCACGAAGUGCAUUGAUCGGACUGGAGGAAGAGAAGGAGAACUUUACGGAGCUUACGCCAGUACUGCUCAUCAUGAAUGGAGCUCUGUUCUCCAGAUCUCUCGACAAGAUGAAGGAGCACUGGCAGGUCUCACCACACCGGGCUUGGAAGGUCAACAUUCGCCAAGGACGCCUCAACGCCAUUCUCGACCUUCGCUUCGAUCCCAUGAGCCUGAAGCCGCAGCACAAAGCAUUCGACAUGUACCUGACCCAGCCUCCCAUCAAGCAGAUUGAUCUGUUCGCAAUGGUUGAAACACCAUCCAGUGGCACGAAGCAUACGAAGUUGAUGUUCAUUCGCAACGGGGAGGGUAUCAAGGCGAAGCAUAUCGUGCAACACCUCAAGAAAGCGAUGCUGCAAGUGCAGUGUGCCCGCUCGAAUGCUGCAGACCCAGCGACGAGGGAGCAUAUGCUAUGGAGAGAGAGUUGGAUGCACAUGCCGGACAAGUUUGUCCUUACGGAGGAAGAGGCUGAUGUUUUUGGAGGGUUGUCAACUGGGGAAUGA